AUGUUUUUGAGUAUAGAAGUGUGUGCAAUGUUUUUGAGUAUAGAAGUUAGUGCAAUGUUUUUGAGUAUAGAAGUUAGUGCAAUGUUUUUGAGUAUAGAAGUGAGUGCAAUGUUUUUGAGUAUAGAAGUGUGUGCAAUGUUUUUGAGUAUAGAAGUGAGUGCAAUGUUUUUGAGUAUAGAAGUGAGUGCAAUGUUUUUGAGUAUAGAAGUUAGUGCAAUGUUUUUGAGUAUAGAAGUGUGUGCAAUGUUUUUGAGUAUAGAAGUGUGUGCAAUGUUUUUGAGUAUAGAAGUGUGUGCAAUGUUUUUGAGUAUAGAAGUGUGUGCAGUGUUUUUGAGUAUAGAAGUGAGUGCAGUGUUUUUGAGUAUAGAAGUGUGUGCAGUGUUUUUGAGUAUAGAAGUGAGUGCAGUGUUUUUGAGUAUAGAAGUGUGUGCAGUGUUUUUGAGUAUAGAAGUGUCUGCAAUGUUUUUGAGUAUAGAAGUGUGUGCAAUGUUUUUGAGUAUAGAAGUGUGUGCAAUGUUUUUGAGUAUAGAAGUGUGUGCAGUGUUUUUGAGUAUAGAAGUGAGUGCAGUGUUUUUGAGUAUAGGAGUGCAAUGUUUUUGA